UCACGUGACGGGCGCAUUUGAAGCAAGCCUCGAAGCGACGCUUCGAUCUCCAGUGCUUCGAAAGCUCGACACAGUGUCGAAACCUGAGUAUCGAGCGGCCCAUCACUAGUAGUAGCGACGGAAGCGAAAAUCAGGAUCGAUUUAUGGAGAGCGAGCGACAAUGUAACAGCUAUCAGAAGAAGCUUAUUUAUUUAUUUUUUAAAUACGUAUGUGGUAACAGGCAUAGUUGAGUUUUCAUUUGCAUAUUUUAAAUACAUAAACGCAUGUGUUGAACACGGAGUCGUUGUAUAUAGCGACAGGAGAAGAUAAAUCUUACUGCCGAAAAAGGGCUGCUUGCCCCGCACUGGGCACCAAUAGUGGAGAAAGGAAGAGCCGAGAAGAACAGACUGGUCACUUGGGGCUCCGAGCAGAUCGGCGGACCGAGUGUAGGAACGCUGAUUGAGCCUGACUUAUAUAUAUAAUAUAAAAAAGAAAACAGGAAGACAUUUUGAGCCUUCAAGCACCUUACAUCAUUGAUUUUUCUGGAGAUGGAGGAGAUUAUUCUUAGCAGAAUUUAUGUCCAGUCCGAGUAAAAUAAACUGCAAAAUGGACAAUUUCUUGCCAGUAGAAGGUGACCUGGAACAAGAACAAUCUGUAAAUUCAAUGCAAAAAGUCAACAGUCUAGCGUCACUCUGUAUCAAAGCGGAACCUGUCUCUGAGGGAUCUGAACACGUAAAAGAAGAGCUUCAUCUGAAGUGUGCGCAAAUUAAAGAAGAGCUCUGUGAGGUUGAACUGUCGUCUGAUAAACUUUGGAAUCCAGGUGAGCGUUUCCCUUCUCCUGCACCUGUUAAGAGUGAGCAGUCAGAAGACCUCUUUCCAACGUGUCAGAUAGUUCACAAAGAGGAAGAGAGUGUUUUCCCCGAGGGAACAACAACUUUUCAACUGACUGAUAAUAAUUUUCAAACUGUUGUUUGGUGCACUGAAUGCGGGAAGGGCUUCAAUUGGGUAAGUAGCUUGAGAGACCACCAGAGAAUUCACACUGGGGAGAAGCCGUAUGACUGUAGUGAAUGUGGGAAGAAGUUCAGUACAUCCAGUAGCUUAAAAAUCCAUCGUAGACUCCACACUGGGGAGAGGCCUUACAGCUGCACUGAAUGUGGUAAGAGCUUCAUCGCAUCCAACUACUUAAAAUCGCACCAGAGAAUACACACUGGAGAAAAACCCUACAACUGUGUCGAAUGUGGGAAGAACUUCAGUGCCUCCUCUCAACUAAAAUCACACCAGAUGACUCACACAGGGGUGAAGCCUUACGUUUGUACCGAAUGUGGAAAAAGCUUCUCUCGGUUAAACAUACUUAAGAAACACCAGAUCAGUCAUGCCGGAGACCAUUUAUACACAUGCGGUGAGUGUGGGAAAAGGUGUAUUACAUCAAAAGAAUUAGAAUCACACCGGAGGAUUCACACAGGAGAGAAGCCAUACAUCUGUGAAGAAUGUGGGAAAAGCUUUCACUUCAUAUUGAACUUAAAGCAGCACCAGAAAAUUCACAGCAGCAAGAAGCCAUACAGCUGUGCCGACUGCGACAAGAGAUUUUUGUUCCCUCGAGAAUUAAGAACACACCAGAGAAUUCACACCGGAGAGAGACCAUAUAGCUGCGUGGAAUGCGGGAAGACCUUUAGACUGUACAUUUGCUUGAAAAGACACCAGCAGAUUCACACCGGAGAGCGGCCGUACACUUGUCCCGAGUGUGGGAAAAACUUCAAACAUUUAUUUAGCCUGAAAGGCCACCAGAGAAUUCACACAGGGGAGAAGCCUUACAGCUGUGGUGAAUGUGGGCGAAAUUUCCGUCUGCUAGGAAAUCUUCGGUCACACCAGAGAAUUCACACCGGAGAGCGGCCGUACAUUUGUCUCGAGUGUGGAAAAAACUUCAAACAUUUAUUGAGCCUGAAAGUCCACCGAAGAAUCCACACUGGAGAAAAGCCAUACAACUGCACCGAAUGUGGCAAGAGCUUCACUUUGUUAGCAACCCUUAAAAGGCACAGGAGAAUUCACACCGGGGAGAAGCCGUACAUUUGCUUUGGUUGUGGGAUGAGCUUCAGUCGGCUGCAGCCUCUUAAAAAACAUCAGACGAUUCAUACUGGAGAGAAGCCAUACUGCUGUAGUGAAUGUGGGAAGAGUUUUAGCGAAUCUGGAACCUUAAAAGUGCACCGGAGAAUUCACACUGGCGAGAAGCCCUACAUCUGUACCGAAUGUGGGAAGAGCUUCACCCGCUCCACUCCAUUGAAGACCCACCAGCGGACACACACUGGAGAAAAACCGUACAGCUGCAGUGAGUGUGGCUGGAGCUUCAGUGUGUUAUCAAACUUGAAGAAACACCAGAGAGUUCACACAGGGGAGAAGCCGUACACUUGUACGGAAUGCAGUAAGAGCUUCGCUCACUUACAGAGCCUCCGUGCUCACUUGAAAAUUCAUACUGGAGAGAAGCCCUUCAGUUGUUCAGAAUGUGGAAAGAGCUUCAGACGGUUAACUCUGCUAGAAGCCCACCAGCGAAUCCAUACAGGUGAGAAGCCUUACAGCUGUCCCGAAUGUGAGAAGAGCUUCACCGUGUUGUCAAACCUGAAUAAGCACAGGAAGACUCACUCGGAAGAGAAGCUGUAUUGCUGCACUGACUGUGGGAAGAGCUACAGCAUGCUGUCAAAUCUCAGAAAACACCAGAAGAUUCACGUGGCUGACAAUCCGUUCAGCUGCAGUGAAUGUUGGACAAGCUUUACUCGGGGGGAGCAGCUGAAAAAACAUCAAGAAAUGCACCAUGGCAAUCAUCAUGUAGUCAUGAUCACCUGAAUUGCCUGGUGUGAACUCACAGUGAAGUUGUACCAUUUGUGAAAGUCUCAAGUUUACCUUUAAACAUAUUGCAGCCUGAAGUUUUUUUCCAUGUAUUUAUUUGCUAAACAGAUGAAAGAGUAUAGCAGCUGAAAGUUUUUUUUUAAAAUUUGCACACAUUUGUGAAAUUAUACUUUAGAUGAAUAUAUAGAGAUUAGUAUAUAAAAGAGUUUAUUCAUGAGUGAAGACAUGAGUAGAGUAAACACAGCUUUGUAUGUUUGCUUUCCUUUAUGUACGAGGAUGUACUGCAGGAACAAGUGUGGCAAGUAACACAGCAGAGCAGAACUGAUGUGUCCACAGCAGACUCUGAUCAACUGAUUGAAAAUGAACCCUCACUCUUGGCAGAAACAAUAAACCUGAAAAACCACCAGGCUCACAUGGAGGGGAAAAGGUGCACACCUAUAUCACAUGGGGCACGAGAUAAGCUGAUUCACAUCUUCUGGUCCACGUCCUGGACGUAUGUGGAGCUGAAACGACACAAACAUAUUGGAAAAGGAAGUGCCUGUACAACCACAUGGAUCAAGGGGUAAUUUUGGUUUUAAAACAGAAGAUCAGAGUAAAAUGAAAGAAAAUUGGAGAGACUAAAAGAUCAGCUUAGUGGGUAAAAGGGAGCAAAGAAAAAUAUUGGAAGAGGAAGUGAAUCCACGUGGAUCAAGGAGUAAUUUAGGUUAUAAAACAGAAGAUCAGAGUAAAAAUGAAAGGAAAUCCAAGAGAUUAAAAGAUUAUCUUGGUGGGUAAAAUGCAAUGACUGGGAUCAGAGAAACACUGUGGAUCAAAAGGGAGCAAAGAAGAACAUUGUAAGAGGAAAUGAAUCUGCAUGGAUUGGUGGAAAGCCUGGCCAAAAAACAAACAUAAAAUCAGACAAAAGUAAGGAUCACUUUGAUGGAUACAUGAAAAGCUCUGGAUCAAAGAAGAACUUUUGUGGCCUAGCAGGUGCACACAAACCUGAGAUGAUCAUUUGCAAUGCCAAGUGUUGGUUGGAGUGGUGUGAAGUACACCGCCAUUGGAUUCUGGAGCAUUGGAAACAUGUUCUUUGGAGUAAUCUGGAAGUCUGAUGGAUGAAUCCCGGUUUAGAAGAUGCCAGGAGAACGCCACCUUCCAGUCAGGCAUAGUGCAGAGGCACUCUGGUGUGGACAUAAAACACAUGGAUCAAAUCGGACAUUUACGGGUUAAAAUAAAUGUAUGUCAGUCCCGUGGGCACAAUAGUGGAUACAAUCCAACCACAUGGAGCAAAGAAUCACUUUGUUUAAUAAUAUUGUGGAAAUUCAAGAAGUUAAAAUAAUAGGUAGUAGAUCAACAUUGAGCCAUCAAGUACUUGAGGAUUUUAUUUCAAUGUCCAUUGAAAUAGAGCAAGUGUCUAAGGCACUGUACAGUAUAAAAGCACAUGGAAUGCAAAAUCAAUUAAAAGUCAACUUUAAGCAGAACAAGAUCUAUAAAAUAAAGUAUCUAAAAACUUCAUCUAUUAUCCAACCCACUAUAUCCUAACUACAGGGUCAUUGGGGGGGUCUGCUGGAGCCAAUCCCAGACAACACAGGGCACAAGGCAGGAAAUAAACCUCAGGCAGAGCGCCACCAAACCGCAAUAUCUAAAAACUUGUUCUAGUGAAAAAUUUUUGACUUGAACAUCUCAAAACAAUGCAGCUGUCUUAAGCUGAUCGAGAGUGAAUUCCACCAGUUCAGGAACAUAACGCCUGAAGGCUGAAUAAAUGUAAUUUUGAACGACAAAAAGAUGGGCAUCUCAGGAGCGAAAGCUCAGUUUGCUACCUACAGUCAUGUGAAAUAGCAAGUACACCUCAUGAAAUGUUUUUUUCCUUGUUUAACAUGUGGACAUAUCAAGAUUUGAUCUUCAU